UAAGAACUAUGCAUGAGGCGUUAUUAGCACGCCACGCCAUAUAUAUUUUUUUAGGCGGACACAUUUACUGUCCAUCCAUCAAAGCUAUUUAAAGUAAAGGAAGGUAAAUCUUCACUCCUCAGCCUACAAUCCUCAGUCACAUUUGAACCAAUAGCAGGACGAAUGGGCCUGCUGCAGCCAAUGACAAAUAGUCUGAGUGCGCACUGCUUUGGACGACGACGACGACGACCAUGGACUGGAGUAGUGUCUUUUUCGGUGUUACAAACUUUUAGUAUUUAGUUUCUGCACGGACAAAAAGGAGUGAGUCGGGGGGAACUGCUCUGAGCAGUAAUGGGGGAGAUAGAGGGUUCAUACCGGGUUCUGCAGACCCCUGGCACAAGGCUGGGAGCCCAGUUCAAUGCUGGUAUCAGCACUUUGGAGCCGGGCCAGAGCCUCAGUGGCAACAUGGUCAGCGGGAGCAAAAGCCAUGGGCGAGGACUACAAAUCCGUGUGCAGGGGUUGGACGACUCACAGGAGUUCUUUGAUAUGGACCCAAAAGCUUUUGGACAGGCCCUCCUCUCUGAGGUUUUCCACAGAGGCAACCUCAUAGAGAGUGAUUACUUUGGCCUCGAGUUUCAGAACAUGCAGAUGAACUGGGUUUGGCUGGAACCCACAAAACCCAUUGUUAAACAAGUCAGAAGACCAGCAAAUACCCUAUUUAGGCUGUCAGUGAAAUUCUUCCCUCCAGACCCCGGUCAGCUGCAGGAGGAGUACACGAGGUACUUAUUUUCCCUGCAGAUGAAGAGAGAUCUGAUGGAGGGCAGGUUGAUCUGCACAGAAAAUACGGGAGCCCUGCUGGCCUCUCACCUUGUCCAGUCGGAAAUUGGUGACUAUGACGACGUAGCAGACAGGGACUUCCUGAGGAUGAACAAGCUGUUGCCUUACCAAGAGAAGGUGCAAGAGAGGAUCAUGGAGCUCCACCGCAGGCACCUGGGCCAGACUCCAGCUGAAUCAGAUUUCCAAAUCCUGGAGAUUGCCCGUAAACUGGAGAUGUAUGGAGUCCGCUUCCACCCAGCAGCUGACCGGGAAGGCACCAAAAUCAAUCUGGCUGUUGCUCAUAUGGGCCUUCAAGUUUUCCAGGGCAACACAAAAAUAAAUACCUUCAACUGGUCCAAGAUUCGCAAACUGAGCUUCAAAAGAAAACGGUUCCUGAUCAAGCUCCACCCAGAGGUUCAUGGGCCCCAUCAGGACACUCUGGAGUUUAUGAUGGCCAGUCGAGACCAAUGUAAAAUCUUUUGGAAGAUCUGUGUGGAAUAUCACUCAUUUUUCCGUUUGUUUGACCAACCCCAACCCAAAUCCAAAGCUAUCCUCUUCACUAGAGGCUCUUCCUUCAGAUACAGUGGAAGGACCCAGAAGCAACUUGUGGAAUAUGUCAGGGAAAACGGAGCAAAGAGAACGCCAUACCAGAGGAGGAACAGCAAAAUACGAAUGUCUGCUCGCUCCCUAGCAACAGAUGUGCCAAAACAGUGCUUGUCAUUCAAUGACAGUCUCAGGGCCCCAGGCUCCCCUUCCUCUGCUGCAGUGUCCUUCCACCCAGCACACAUCUCUAGUGUCCUCCCGCGAACAGAACUCCAUCAUCAGCCCCAGCCUUUGUCCACACUGAGCCAUUCUCCAGCGCCUCCCCAGCAGCAUCAGCACCAGCAGCAGCCUCAGUCCCCUCUGCAAGCUACCAGACCCCCCAGCCCUCCGAAGGAAGAACCUGUCAAGGCUGCUUCCACAUCCCACUACGCUUUUCAAGAUUCAGUUGUGGACAGCCCUCAGCUCUCACCCUUCAACUCCAAGGGUCCCCUCUGCCUGUCGCCCUCCUUCCAGAUGUCGACCCUCAGCCUGCCGGGCCAGGCCCCGUCACCCCUGCAAAGCCCCAUCCUGAGCGAGGUGGGCAGCAAUGCCAGGCUAGAGGAGGAGGAGGAGGGCAGGAGGAAGCGAUAUCCUACCGACAAGGCCUACUUCAUUGCCAAAGAGAUUCUGACCACAGAGCGAACAUACCUAAAAGACCUUGAGGUCAUAACUGUGUGGUUCCGCAGUGCUGUGAUCAAAGAAAACGCCAUGCCUGAAGGCCUGAUGACCCUCCUCUUCUCCAACAUCGACCCCAUCUACGAGUUCCACCGAGGCUUCCUCAAGGAGUUGGACCAGAGGCUGGCUCUCUGGGAGGGACGCUCUAAUGCUCACGUCAAAGGUGACUACCAGAGGAUUGGUGAUGUGAUGCUGAGGAACAUGGGUGCUCUUAAGGAAUUCACCAGCUAUCUACAGAAGCAUGAUGAGGUUUUGACAGAGUUGGAGAAAGCCAGCAAGAGACUGAAGAAGCUGGAGACAGUCUACAAAGAGUUUGAGCUGCAGAAGGUCUGCUACCUGCCCCUCAAUACAUUCCUGCUCAAGCCCAUCCAGCGCCUCAUGCAUUACAAACUCAUCCUGGAGAGACUAUGCAAGCAUUAUUCCCCUGCACACCGUGAUCAUGACGACUGCAAGGAGGCUCUGAAGGAAGUGGCAGAGAUAGCCACUCAGCUGCAGAGUAGUCUGAUCCGGCUGGAGAAUUUCCAGAAGCUAACAGAGCUGCAGAGAGACUUGAUUGGUAUAGAGAACUUGACAGCACCAGGCAGGGAGUUCAUACGAGAGGGAUGUCUGUACAAGCUCACCAAGAAAGGGCUGCAGCAAAGGAUGUUUUUCCUGUUCUCAGACAUGCUCCUCUACACAAGUAAAGGUGUUACAGCAACCAAUCAGUUCAAAGUGCAUGGCCAGCUGCCCCUUCAUGGCAUGAUAGUUGAGGAAAGUGAAAAUGAGUGGUCAGUCCCCCACUGCUUCACCAUCUACUCUGCUCAGAGAACUAUUGUAGUGGCUGCCAGCUCCAAAGUGGAGAUGGGGAAGUGGAUUGAGGAUCUGAACCUGGCUAUUGAUAUGGCCAAGAAGUCUCAAGAAAAAUCUAGCAUCUUCCUUGAUGCUGGACUCACUGAUCGCUCCAACCGAUCGUCUGACGAGGUUUCUCUGGAGCAGGAGUCGGAGGAUGACAUGAACUCCUCCCGGACUUCACUGGACAAGCAGACGCACCACCGUGCCAACACAACCAUGCAUGUGUGCUGGCACCGCAACACCAGUGUGUCUAUGUCCGAUCACAGCCUGGCUGUGGAGAACCAGCUCUCAGGGUACCUGCUGAGGAAGUUCAAGAACAGUAAUGGGUGGCAGAAACUCUGGGUUGUUUUCACCAAUUUCUGCCUGUUCUUCUACAAGACUCACCAGGACGACUUCCCGCUGGCUAGUCUCCCCCUGCUUGGCUACACAGUCAGCACCCCUGAGGAGUCUGACAGCAUCCACAAGGAGUACGUCUUCAAACUGCAGUUCAAGUCCCAUGUUUACUUUUUCCGGGCAGAGAGCGAGUACACCUUCGAAAGAUGGAUGGAGGUGAUCAAGAGUGCAGCCAGCACUACGGGCCGGAUGAGCAUGCUCAUACCUAAAGGAGGUCCUGUGGAGAUCAACGGAAAAUGAAUCCAACAUCAUGUGUCUGGAGGCUGGGCCUCUAAGGACACCAGAUAAACUCAGUUCAGUCUCGUCAGACUCUGUGUCAGUUUAUAGAGACACAAACAUUUGGACAUUAACAACUGGAGACUGAAAGAUACUGGCCAGUUUUAAAGUGUUAACAUUUCUCAGCUCACUUCUCUAAUGGUCUGUGCAUUUUUCUUGAUUAAUGAUGUAAAUGAUAACAUUUGCUCCAGUAUACGGGAUAUAAUGAAAGGGAGACAUGUACAUUAUGAUCACUUUUGUUUUUGCAUGUGUAGGGCUCAGUUCAUAUAGACUGAUACAACAGGAAAUACUGUUUCGUGGGACCAAAUCCAACACAAAGGGCUUAAAUUCAGCCUUUUUGAAGGACUUCUCUUGAGCGCAUGACGACUGAAGCUUUGUUGGGUACGGCACAGUGCUAUGGGAAACAGAAGAGAUACAGUAUGUGGAAAACGAGGGAACAGGACAGUAUGUGCUCCCUUCGUUGUAAUUUGAAAGAGGUGUGUGUGAGAGAGAGAGAGAGAGAGAGAGAGAGAGAGAGAGAGAGAUGCAGAAAGUUAAUGAAAUGUUGCAACAAGUUUGAAACUGGAAACUGUUUAAUCUUGGGGGAUACAUGGGAAGUUCUGAGGAAUUCAUGCUGCUGUUAAGACAAAGAUGCGUGAUUUAGCUUCAGACAUUUGACAAAGUAAAGAUUUCAUAGGGUUUUAAGCAUCAGUCUGUAUGAACUACAGUGUAAGCAGUAUUUCUAAAACUGAGGCCAGUCCAGUUUGGAGGCUUUAUAUUCCUGUUAAUAGGAGGAUACAGCUGUUGAUUGGAGUGCUCAAAUGGGAGCUGCUCUGCUUAAUACUCUUGAUUAGUUAGGCAGCAUUAUUGCCAGUGUGGUGCUACUUUAAUAUCAAAUGUAAUCUUUUGUCUUGUUAUUAUUUCUGCAUAGGGAUAACAGCUUGAGGAAAUACUGUGCAGUGGUUGCUCUUGUGUUUACUCUGUGUAAAAGUUGCAGAUUUUCAUUUUUAAAACAAACCAGAAGAACAUAUUUUGAGGUAAUUGUACUGGGUGAUUAUGUCUUUCUGUGUCAGGCUGUUUAGACAAGUGGGAGCUGACUCAUGGGAGACACCAAUGACACUUCCUGUCAGUUAUUUAGUGUGCUACAUGCAACCGUGGUAUUAUUUGAUAUAUAUUUUUUAUGAAGACUGGAACCUUUACUCUGUGUGUACGCAUGUGUACAGUGUGUGUGUGUGUGUGUGUGUGUGUGUGUGUGUGUGUGUGUGCGCGCGUGUGUGCGCAGAGAAGCCAACUGUGUUGUCCUACCCACACCUCCCCUCCCUCUGGAGCUGUGACAGACGGUGAUGAUAGAGGUCAUUGCUCAACCAUUUGACAUUCUCUGUGUUUAAGAGACUGACUCUGUUGCACAGUUAACAUUGAGUAUGUUACUCCUAUUUAUUGUUUAGUAUGUAAUCAGGGCCAUGCUCCUGAAUGCCCUCAUGUAGUCUCCAUGUUAUUCCAUUGAAAAUCUAACAAAUAAAAGAUCAUUUCAAUCAGG